GCCCUCGCGCAACGCGUUCGCAUCAUCGUCUCGGCGAAUCGUUUGAUGACCUACCGUACAUGCUUUUCCUGGAUGCGGUCGGACGUUGAUGAGAGACGCUCGAUAGAAAGGGUGCCUGUGCUCCCGACCUAUUCUUGUGUAUGCAUGGAUGUGACCUCCUGUUUCGUAACUGAGGUUGGGAAAGUGAGAUCAGAUGCAGCAACAAGGAGGUCUCUUCAUCAUCAAAUUCGUCAUCAAAAGAGAAGCGACAGCUGUGCCCCAAGUGCAACCGUUACCGAGCAAGGACAAGGAUCAUGCGAAUGAUUGGACGCGUGAAAGAUCGAUCUCACUUUCGUUUCCAACUCGUGAUGACAACCUUCCUUGUUCGCAUAACCGCCGUCGCCUGUGUUUGACCAUCCAACAGCAUCCAGCUGUGACUCCAUACGAUCCACACCAAAGGAACAGAGACACGCACGGGCAAGCGCAGCGGGACGGAUUGACGGGGAGCGGUGGUGGAGCGCACCAGACAAGGACCCAAAAGGCAAAAUGUCACCACCAAAUCCUGAAAUCUUGCUCCCACUCCCGAGGACGGCCGCGAGUCGUCCAUACAAAGACCAAUCAACGCUUGUUGCUGCCCGUUUUUUUGCUCUUCGCUAGUGCAUUCGAGACGGAGCAAUUCGUACUCUUGUCUGGACCUCCUGUUUCUGCUUUGCUGUACAGUUGUUGUCCACCGCUUUUCUUUCCUUUUGAUAAGAUCAUGUGGACUAGUAAUCCAGCGAUGCGCUUGUUCCAUUCCUGCAUCUUAUUAUUGCUCUCUCCACCUUGCCUAUGUUGCUAUCCCCUUUCUGUGCCGCGCACUCCCUGUUGUGGAUGGGGCACAUACGAAGGAAAAAAACUUAGGCAUCGUUUCGAUGCGAGGGUGUGGAUUCGGUGAUUUUCCAUUAGAUGAUCAUCUUUCCACCGUGUCCACAAGGUCACAAGAGAGGAUUUACGAAAACGACUUUUGGGAUUUCACAUCUAGCGUGAAGCGCCUCGUGAGCCCAGCCAGCCUCCAGGCUUGUAAUAUUGAAGAUUGCCCACUAUCGGAUUGGAGAUAGGAGGCACGAUCCCGGAACACCAGAGAAGAAGUUGCCAUCGAUAGACAUGCC